GCACGUCUAGCGCGAUUCACGCGAAUGAACACAAAUAGUCCCCAGCGAGAACAGUGGCGCGAAUGACGCGUUUAACGUUUGGUGUGAACAGUGCUGAGAAUGGUUAUUAUUUUUCUCUCCCCACCAGGAUUCCUCUGCUUGCCAGUGUGAAAAUGGUCAAUUAUAUAGUGACCGUAGCAACUAGCAAUCUCGCAGCUGCCGGCACUUUUAACAGUGUCUGCAUUAAGCUGGUGGGCACAGAUGGGGAGAGUGAACGCACCUGGCUGAUAGGCUUCAAAGGACCUUUCGCCUUCUUCAGUGGAGCAGUGUCCAGUUUUACCGUGUCCUGCCCCGACUCCAUUGGAAAGCUGGUCCUAAUAGAGAUAGAUAAACCGUUGUUCCUACUGUUCUUUGAAGACUCUUGGUUCCCUGCCAAGGUGGAAGUGAGAUCCCCUGAGGGUGACACCUACAACUUUCCCAUCUACCGCUGGAUCUCUGACAAUGAGGUGCACCGCUUCAGAGAGGGAACAGCUCUGAGAGUCUUUGAAGAUGACCAUGAUCUUGGUAAGUACAGUCGGGAUCAGGAGCUGAAGCAGCGAGAGGAAGACUAUCGUUGGGAU